AUGGAAGGGAUACAGGAAAAGUUAGCUGAAUUGGAAGCUCUGAAGCUUGCUGCUGAAGAUGUUUUAGAAAAGCUCAAGAACCGCGGGGAAUUGAAAGAGAUGGGAAAGGAUAUGGAACGUGAGAAAAGGAUUGCGCAGGAGGAUGAGGUUGAAUUUUGGAGAAACAAGUUCAAUGAUUUGGAGGCCAGAGUGUUGAGGAUGGAGAGUGUUAACAAUGGGGAAAAGGAAAAUGGUGCCGCUGAAUUCAGUGGAGGGAGGCACCAUGUCUCUAACGAGGAUGCAGUUGACACACAUCGUCAAGUGGAAGAUGAAGUUUCCAGGGUUGGCAACACAAGUGCUGCAGUGAACCCACCUGAUGUUAUUUAUGUGGACAGUGAUGAUGAUAGUGUUGUUGAACUUGAAUUAUCUAAGAAUAGAGAUGGUGAAAAUGUUGGAAAAUGGCUUUUAGAAGAUGCUGAUUUAAAAAUUUCUCUUGGUGGUGAUGUUAUGGAUAAGUUGGCGAUGAAACGUAGGAAUAAUAGGAUCAAAGAGGAAGGAAUGCAGUGGGAGAGUGAGGCUGAUAUGCUUUCUUCUUUUGAAGAGGACCCUGAGCUCUGCAUGAAAGCUGUUUGUGCUCUCUAUCGACAGCCGACCUUCAAAGAAAAAUCUGCAAAUGGCUUGUUCCAUGACUCGGAUCAAUAUUGGAUUAAGAAUUUGGCAGAGAUUCUGACGGAAGAGGACCCAAAAGGUGAUCUAAAGAAGUCUGUGGAGGAAUUUGUGGGGAAGUUCACCGAUGCAGAGCUAGAAGUCUGCAAGAGGCUAGCUAGUUGCUACUCCGAGCAGUUAUUCAGUAUCUACAAGGACAAACAGGAUCCUUUUUUUCUUCCUACUUCAACUGCGAGCUCAAGCUGUUGAGGUGAUUGCUAACUGAUAACAGUUCUACCUUUAAGCUGUUGGUGUCUCUAACAAACUACUGCACAGAAGGGAGAUGCAUGGCGAGGCGUCAUGCACUUUUUGAGUGGGAA